AUGGCUUCUGAUGAGACGGUGGUGGCCCUGGCUGUUCUCGUCGUGGUGGCCGUUGUCACGCUUGUGGCUCUUGUGUGGUAUCUGUGGCGGUUGAAGUCGAGCCAGGAGAAGAUGCAGCCAGCGUUUACCCCGCAACGGCCCUUGGUCUCGUCGUCCGACGAGGAGACCGGUCUCGAGUCGAGCAGCGAUCAUGGGCCCAACUCGGGCGUGUUUCUUUGGGAUAUGUCAUCGCACACGGUGGAUGAUGGCAAUCCCGAUGACGAUCCCGAGGCCUCGAUGAGCUUCCUGUUCAAGCCGCUGGCCCAGCCGUCGAGCUCCUCGUCGUCCGACGGCGCCGACAGCAAGAGUAGCAAGAGCAGCACGAGCAAGAGCAAGAGCAAGAGCAGGGGCAAGAGCAGGGGCAAGAGCAAGAGCAAGAGCAAGAACAAGAACAAGAACAAGAGCAAGAACAAGAACAAGAGCAAGAACUAGCGGAUUCAUGACUCGGCGCGAGAUGAGGAGAAAGGCUACAUGAGCGACGUCGGCAGCGGCUGCAGAACCUCGAGGCACGACUCGAUGGGCGAGGCGCAAACACUGCAGAGCACACCCUUUGCCGGUGGCAUGCCCGGCGCUUGUGGAAGCUGCUCGUGCAGCUGCAGCGCCGUCGAGAGGCAACCGUAGCAUGUCGACAUGUGGGUGCACGGCAGCGCGACCGCAGAUCGCGGCGCGCGCCCGCAGACAGAGCACAAAUACGCCUUACGGUACCAUGCGAGCUCGGUCCGCAGUGCCACGUUGGCCCGCUCCAGCUCGUUGACGUAAACCUCCUUGGACGCGGCAA